UUGAAUCUCAAACAAGAUCUGGCGUUGGCUGUCAGCGACCACUUCCCCGUGGAGGUGAAGCUGAGCGGUUAGGCUCACGUUGCUUGAACCGUGACUUCCACAAGCUUUCCACACAUCGUGCUCAAUCUGCAGCCAGCACAAUGAUCAUUCAGUUGGGGACUACUGUCAGCCACAGCUUCAUGAAAUGCAAAUGCACAAUAAAGCUACUAAAA